AUGGAACAGAAAAAAGAUAGUACAAAAUUCGGUAGGAAACCAGAAAAUUUAAAAAAAUUACCUUUGAUAGACCUAAGAGAGAUUCUAGAACGUGAGAAGAAACUACUUGCAAACAAAUCUGUAAUAAAUAAGUUACCAGAUAAAGGAGAAUCAAUCAGAGUAUUUCUCACUCGAGUCGAAAAUGAAAUUAAAUAUCGCCAUAGUCUAGAUUCCAUUCAAGACUCAUUGAGUAAAAUAUCAAUUACUGAACCAGAUAAACAUAUUCGUAAACUUUGUGAAAUCGAGAAAAGGCCUGAAAAGGACAGAUACAAGCCUUUUUCUACACUAAACAAAGUAAAGGAAGUUCCACCAAAUAGUAAAAUUUUUAAGUUAAUCGAGGACUGCACUGCUUCUAAUAACCCAACCAAACUGAUCCUUCUUCCAGAGUCUAUGAAUAUUUUGAUCAAACAAGAGGAACGAGUCAAGGAGGAACAGAGAAAAAUUCGAUACAACAGAUUGUUGCAUCAAGCUGAAGAAAGUGAUGAAAGUAGUAAUGAAAGUGAUUCGGAAGAGAAUUCAGAGGUUGAAUGUGAGGGUAGCUGA